AUUCAGCAAAAUUUGGCAUUAAAAGGAAAGGCUGUACAGUCGACCACAUAUUCAACCUGUGGAGCUGCAAACGCCAUCGACGGCAUCAGAUACUCUCCUUCAGGUAAACCCUAUCCAGACGAAACCUAUACAUACUGCUCCAUCACAGAUAAGGAGCUCAACCCGUGGUGGAGGCUGGACCUGCUGGAUUAUUACUCCAUUUACAACGUGACCGUCACCAACAGAAACGAAUGCUGUCCGGAGCAAACCUCUGGAGUAGAGAUCUGCAUCGGAAACUCUCUGGAAAACAACGGCAACAACAAUCCCAGAUGUGGUGUCACUUCACUUGUUCCAGCAGGCAGUUCUGUCAGUUUCUCUUGUGGUGGAAUGGAAGGUCGUUAUGUGAACAUGUACCUUCCUAAUAUCCAGGAGUAUCUCGUGCUGUGUGAGGUGGAGGUUUAUGGAACAGUCAGUAGGAAGAAGCAGGUGACCCGAGUGCAGGUGAAAGCUGCUGAGAAUGUGGAUGAAGCUGAACUGAAGGAGCUCGUCUUAAACAAGUUAAAUCAGACGCUGAGCGAUCAGGACGUCAUACUGACAUGGAGGACGCAACCCAACGGGAAAGUCUUCCAGAAGAACAGGACUUGGGUAGUUUUGCGCUAUAUGAAGAGAACAGAUGUUUUUGCCGGUUGUUUGAACUUUGUCACAGUUAUAUGGGUGUGUGUGUGGUUAUGUGUGUGUGUGCGUGUGCGUGUGUGGUUGGCUGCAUGCGAGUCCUCUCUGUCUGACAUACACUCCCAUUACAUUCCUGAGCAGUAUAUAAAUGAGAAUUUGGCAUUAAAAGGAAAGGCUGUACAGUCGACCACAUAUUCAACCUGUGGAGCUGCAAACGCCAUUGAUGGCAUCAGAUACUCUCCUUCAGGUACACCCCAUCCAGCCGAAACCUAUACAUACUGCUCCCACACAGCAUACGAGCUCAGCCCGUGGUGGAGGCUGGACUUGCUGGAUUAUUACUCCAUUUACAACGUGACCGUCACCAACAGAGGCGACUGCUGUCCGGAGCGAACGACUGGAAUAGAGAUCCGCAUCGGAAACUCUCUGGAAAACAACGGCAACAACAAUCCCAGAUGUGGUGUCACUUCACUUGUCCCAGCAGGCAGUUCUUUCAGUUUCUCUUGUGGUGGAAUGGAAGGUCGUUAUGUGAACAUGUACCUUCCUAAUAUCCAGGAGUAUCUCGUGCUGUGUGAGGUGGAGGUUUAUGGAACAGUCAGUAGGAAGAAACAGAUGAUCCGAGUGCAGGUGAAAGCUGCUGAGAAUGUGGAUGAAGCUGAACUGAAGGCGCUCGUCUUAAACAAGGUGGUUUUUCUAAUACUCAUCUGA